AGUUGUAGCCCAAAAAGAAGUGAUGCAGGAGAGGGAUGGGAGUUUAUUGAGAGGGCAGUUGCCUCCCUCUCAUCUGCACAUGAUUGAUUACUUUAUGCCCCUUCCAAACAGCCCUUUCAUCUUCGCCGGAAAGAAACUACGGAGUACGGAGUAGUAAACAAACAAAUAAAUAAAAACUGCGGAGUAUAUUUUCUUGCUGUUAUUGUUAUUAUUAUUAUUAUUAUUGUUAUUAUUAUUAUGUGAAAUUUGCAUUGAAUAGGACUAAAACCUAUUAUUAUUGGUUGAACUAUGAAGAGGCUGUGAUGAUAUGGUUUUCUGUGUUUUCUCUUUUUGGGCUACUAAAUCAUGAGGCAUUUGGAGAAACGGUCCGUAUCUUGGCGGGGCGACCCGGAAAUCGACCCGGUUGUUGCAGCCAUGGCGACUGAUAGAAUUGCGUCCGAUAUCUUGAUAAGAUGGAGUCUUCGCCAACGCUAGAAGAGCAAUUGAUGGAAGCUGGAAACAAGCUUCUUAAACCCCCUUCGUCCAUCGAGGAACUGCUCCCUUUACUGGAUGAAGCCGUCUCCUUCCUCACGAAAGUGCAGCAAUCACCCGCUAAAUCUGUCCUUGCUUCACUCUCUCCAUUGAUCAAGGCGUUGGUUGAAGAUGCGCUCUUGAGAAACUCCAACCUCGACGUGAAGGUUGCCCUCGCGUCUUGCUUAAGUGAGAUUACCAGAAUUACUGCACCAAGUGUUCCAUACGGCGAUGAAAAGAUGAGGUCUGUCUUUGAAUUAAUUGUCUCUUCUUUUGAGAAUCUACAUGAUGAGACAAGCAGAUCGUUUAAAAAUCGAGCCAUGAUCCUUAAGACGGUGUGCGAGGUCCGGUUAUGGGUUGUUAUGUUGGAUCUCAAGUGUGAGGAACUUAUCUCUAGGAUGUUUCAGUACUUCAUUAAGUCUGUUAGAGAAUAUCAUCCAUACUACAUCUUUUCAUCCAUGGAAUCCAUCAUGACAGCUGUUCUCGAAGAAAGUGAUGAUGUUUCUGUAGUUCUGAUUACAAGCCUGUUAGCCAGUGUUAGGAAGGAGAAUGAGGAGAUAAAGGCAAUUGGUAGGAGGUUGGCAGGGUGUGCUUUAAGGAAUUGUGCUUUCAGGCUUAAGCCUUAUGUCAAAUGUGCUAUAAAAUCUUUGAGCUUAUCACUGGAUGAGUACAGUAGAUUUGUAACUUCUGUUCUGCAAGUGUCUCCUAUCUUUUUUGAGCAUAAUAGUGAUACAUCGAAUGGCCCUUUGUGUGCUGAGAGACAGUUUGCUAGUUCUAGCUUUGGAAAGAUGGUUCGGGCUCUCGGCAACAAAGCGCCUACAGUCUCUUCGGAUGUGUUGCGCCAGAGGAGUGAGGACGCCAACCAAGAGGAUCCUCUGGUUAAUAAUGAACUAGGGGCUGAGGACACUCCAGGUAGUCAAGUAAGUAAGAGAGAUGGACAUUGCUUGCUUGCUGAAUAUUCAACUGAAGAACAAAAAGCAAAGGAUGGAGGUAUUACUAAUUUUCCUGCUGAUGACACACCAGUUGAGGCAGCCAAACAAUUUGAGGAAAAUGGAAGUGGUGGUCUGCUUUUUUUGCACAAAAAUCCAGAGAACGAAGCUGCUACUGUUUCUCUGCCAGGCCCUAGUCAUACUGUGCGUGAUAGCCUGGUUCAGAUGACUAUUCAGCCAAAGGAGGAUGAUAGCUUGGUUCAGAACGGAAAAGAGCCCUUGUCUGCUGCAAUUGCAUCAAAGAUGCCAUGUGAAGAGACAUAUGAUUUGAUAUUACGGGACCUCGGCACAAAUGUGCGGGCAGAUACUUUUCUUGAGGAAGAGUCUUGGUCCAUGAGGGAUGCAAAGGUGAAAGGCCUGAAGGAACAAGGUGAGAAGACUAAAGCUAAUGAGAGAAAUGGUGUUUCUUCAAGAAAAACAAGUGAUUCAGAAUCACUUCCACAGAACCCUAGAACAAGGGAGCAGAGAGAAUCUUCUAUUGAGGAAGAAGCGGGAUCCAUACGUGAUGCAGUGGUGGAAGGUCUGACGCAGCAAGUCGGGAAGACACAAAGUCAACAUGCAAGGGCUAGUACUGAGAUUGAUGUCUCACAGUCCUCUGCAAAAGAUGACCACAAUAGGCUCCUGUUUUCAGAAAUCCCUAGUAUGAAGUCUGCUGGAGAUGUUUGCAAUGAAGGAAACCAAAGUAAGAGCACGAACAGAAAGCAUACUUUAGACAAGGAAAAAGUACCAGAGAAUCCGAUAAUAACAUUUUAUGAAAGCCUUGUUGGUUCCAAUGUCCAAGUUUAUAUGCCAGGGGAUGAUAUAUAUUACAAUGGUGUAAUAAUAUCUUUUGAUCGUGUCAAAAAGAAACACACUGUUUGGUACACUCACGGAGAAGAAGUGUUGGAUCUUAAGGAGAAAGUAUGGAACAUUGUUAGUGAAAAUUUGACAGAAAGAAAGGCUUUGGACCAGCUUUAUAGCCGCAUUGUUUGUGAUGCAGGGUCAAAGCAGAUUAAAGCUGACAAGAGAGAGGGUGUUUCCCUGAAGACAAAUGGUGAACCAAAAAGGGGUCAACAUGGAAAGGCUAGUACCAAGAUUGAUUUGUCAAAGACCUCCACAAAAGAUGACAACCACAGGCUCCGGCUUUCAGAAAAGCAUAGUAUGAAGGAUGCUAAAGCUGAUGGUAAAGGAAACAAAAGGAAGAGCACGAAGAAAAAGCACUCUUUGGGCAGGGAAAAAGUACUGAAGAAUCAAAAGAUAGCAUAUGAUGAAAGCCUUGUUGGUUCCAAGAUCCAAGUUUCUAGGCCAUUAGAUGGUGUAUAUUACGGUGGUGUAAUAAAAUAUUUUGACCCUGUAAUGAAGAUGCACACAGUUUUAUACAACGAUGGAGAGGUAAAAGUUCGGGACUUAAAGGAUGAAAAAUGGCACAUUGUUAGUGACAUGCAAAUGCAUAGGAAGAAAGAGAGUGGAGGACUUGCUGAAACAUCAUCUAAGCAUGACGAGUGGGACGUUUCAUCUCAGAGAAGUACAGAGAUUGAUUUGUCAAAUUCCUCCACUAAUGAUGACAACAAUAGGCUCCUGCUUUGUGAAGAGUGUCGUAUGAAGGGUGCUGAAGAUGAUGGUAUAGAAGAAAACAAAAGGAAGAGCACAAAGAGAAAGCACUAUUUGGGCGAGGAAAAAGUAUUGAAGAAAAAAAAGAUAAAAUAUGAUGAAAGCCUUGUUGGUUCAAAGAUCCAAGUUUAUUGGCCAUUAGAUGAUAAAUAUUACGAUGGUGUAAUAGAAGAUUUUAAUCAUUUAAAUAAGAGACACAAAGUUGUAUACAUAGAUGGAGAUACAGAAUUUCUGAGACUAAAAGAAGAAGAAUGGCGGAUUGUUAGUGAGAAGCAGAAGGAGAAGGAGAAGAAGAAGAGUGGAGAACUUGCGGAAACAUCAUCUGAGCACGGCAAAUUGGAUGUUUCAUCUCAGAGUAAUGGGUUCCAGUCAUUAGGAUCAAGUCCAAAACCUAACGGGAAAUUCAAAGACGACACUGACGUUGAUCCCAAAUCCAAGGUCGACCCCUCCAAAUCUGCUAGCACAGAUAAGUAUAAGGAUAUGACUGAUAACUGCCCGUCAUGCCAUUUUGAUGAUGAAGGGCCUGGUAUAUUGAAAGGAAUGUUUUGCAGUUCCUUGAUGUCAAACUCAUCUAAACCUGAUGCCUCUCUGAAGACAGCCACCGAAUUGCAGCAAGACACUAUAACAACAAAAGCAAUGUCCUAAUCAAAUGUUAAUGCCAAUGGUGGGACUGGCAAAUAAAAGUCCUUUUUAAAGGGAAAAGAUACCGAGGGAUUGAAGGAAAAGGCAAGAAUUGUGAUAGCAACCAAACCAUCUAAGGGAGACCAAGCUGAAAGCAAGAGCAGAAAAAAGGGGAGCAUCCAAGGGGGAAGGAAUUGAAAGAAAGAGUGGGGAAAAUAGCUGAGGAAGUUGAGAAGAGCAGGAAUAGCAGUUUCAUCCCAAUGUAAUCAUUCCCGGGCACUUUUGUGCUUGGGUUUCUAGGUGGCUUGAUUUGUACAUGAUCUGUUUCUCUUUCCAGAUAUAUUAAUUCCCUUAGAGAUAAAUCUGUGCUGUUAUGGAGUUCAGUAGAUGUAUUGUUCUUACUCAUGGGAAGCCAAUGCACAGUAUGGUGUUCUGUUUAGCUUUCUUAUUAGUGACCUGUAUAUACUUGCGGUAUGUCUGUAUGUUGUGGCAUAGUGUCUGUGUUAAUGUAUUUUGGUUGUAGCAGCUUUAAUGGCAAUUAUGAUUCUGUUAAAAUUGGCACUUGUACAUUGAGAAUAGGGAUUUGGUAGAUGCAGGUUGCUGAAGAGUUGGCUGCAUUUCUUCUGUGAACCGUAGUCAGAUGAAUCCAGGUAAACAAACUUGGAUGCAGGCAGAUGUCCCUUGUUUAAGUGGUCCACAAGCCUCUUCAGUCCCAAGUUGAAAAUGGAAAUGGCAUUAUUAAUUUCUUCAUUGCAUCUGCUGCUUCCAUUGCCGUCAUUAUCAUACCUCGCUAGCUCAUACGGGAGAAUCUAUCAAACCUAAAUGGGUAGAUAUGAUCUGGAACAAGGUUACCCCACCCAAGAUUCAGCAUAUAGUGUGGUUGAUGAUGAAAGGGAGAUUGCAGACUAAAGUAAGAGUCAGCAGAUUCAUUACUAUUAGCACAAGCUGUACUUUAUGUGAUGUUGAGGAGGAAACAGACAAACACUUGUUUUGGGAUUGUGUGGUUGCUAAGGAGAUUUACAGGAGGAGUUUUUUCAGUUUUUAAGGUUAGCAUCCAAUUUUCUAAUUUGGGGGAGCUGGAGUUGGCAGUACAGAGGGGAAAAGAAGGAGGCUGGUCCUUGCAUUAUGGGCUGCUGGUGUGUAUGGCAUUUGGAGAAUGCGAAAUAAGAAGAAAGAUUAAACAAAGGGGAGUGUUCCAU